AUGGAGGACGAUAAAAUAGCAAACACAACGGAUUACCUGCUCAGUCGCCUAUUUGAGGCGCUCCUCAAGCAGCUGCAAGGCGUAAAGCUCGAUACAACAAGACCCACGUCACGUGGAAAGAAACGGAAAGCCGUUCCGGAAAAUGGGGCCUAUGCCGUCUUCGGCCGGAUGCGCGCGAUUAUUGGGGAAUCGGUGUUGCUCGAUGCUGUCCAGCUGGCCAUCACCGACUCGGUGAAGCGGUUCGAAGAGUGUCUCGAAUCCGAGGCUGAGCCUAUUAUUGAAGAUGACAAUUCCCCGUCUUUAUUUGGGGCCGACGACGCGGGAGAAGCGCUGAAUAGCGAAGAAGAUCUGGGCGCAUUAUGGCUACAAGCGCUGAACGGGAGGAGAAGGAAAACCCGCAAAAGGUUGGCAAUUUAUGAGGUAUGCGAGAACCCGAGAAGCUCGCUGCGGUUUACACUCUACAGCAACGUCAAGUGGUGCCCGUGCUUGUUCUACGAAACAGAGGUGCUGACAAACCAACGGCGCUGGAGCUGUCGGCAUUGGGUGGCGAUGAAGCUGGCCGAAGUUCUUGGCACCGCAACCGUGCAACGGCGAAGCGCGCGCCGGAUUCGGGAAAUGGCGCUCGACUCGCUGGAUCGAGGCCAUUUAAUAGCGCAA